CAUAAAAUUCGCAAUGGAGUGCGCAUGUCAAAAAUACAUGUCAUUCACAUUUCAUUUUAUUUUGUGAUAUCGCGAAAACGAGGUGAUUUUGUUCGUAAUUCGCGUACGCGGUGGUUUCAGGCAUGAGCUCCAGCUUUUUGCGAGCCAUCGUGUUAAUUCAUCUAUACAAUUAAGCGGACAUUAAAAUGUGCUGAUAAACGGUGAUUGAACUGACUGCAAAUAUUUUUUCACCAUACCUCCUCGACUUUUCGCUUCUUAAGUUCCGCGCGAACAUUUUUUGUGUUUUGGUUACAUGAACAUUAUGUGAUUUGUUUUCCGUGUUAACACUGAGUAGCAACUUCUAUUUUUGACAACGUUCGUGCUAAAUAUAAAACUUUCCUUAGGCUGUUUUGAUGAAUUACAUCGGGCGUGAGGUGGAAUUGCAUUAAAUGGCGUCCUAUAUGAAAGGAGGAGAAACGAAAUCGGAAGCCCCUUCCGCAGCCAGUGUUCCGCCAUCUUGAAUACGAAUAAGCGUUUUCAAAAAAAAAAUACACUACAAAAAAAAAUGCAAUCCGUCGGUCGCCGUCCACGAGUCAAUACAACAGAGACGAACAUUCUGAACAGUUUAAAGAUUAAAAAGAAAAAUAACGAGCUUAACGCGACAAUGUGUUCGAAAUUGAAACUCUGAACGUUCCUUUUUCGAAAUUCGCCUUCGAUAUUCCGUAACGGUUUUUCAUCUGUUCUCUAUAAACUAGUGUGUCUAAUGAAGCUUUAAUAAAUAAAUAAAAAAAAAAAAUAGUUUAUCGCGGUUGUGGGGGGGGAAAGAGAAAGAGAGAUAUCUUGAUAACAUAGUUGCCUUCUUACCUGUAGUUGUUUGGUCCAAUUUCCUUAAUAAUAAUAAUAAUAAUAAAUAGUAGUGAUAAAUUAGCAACCCCUCCCUUUUUUUUAAAUUGUUUUUGUUAAAUUCUAAGUGUUUUAGAGAACCUCUUUUUUCGGGAGUUUUUGAAAGGGAGGUUAUAAAUUGGAAACAAUGGAUAAGUCCGAGUUGGAGAAGUACUCGACUGGCCACGAUGAUGUCAGCCAGCUGACCAGGACCAGGAGUUUCAAGUCAAAACAGCUAGUUCGCAGUCAAGCGAUCAGGGAAUCUCAGUCUCCGCCCAGGACGGUGUCGCCGUCAGCGCGCCCAGACCACACCGAACACAGCAGCAACGUUAUAAACGACGAGAGCGUUUACAAAAAUAACGAGAGCGCUUACAAAAAUAACGAGAGCGCUUACAAAAAUAACGAGAGCGCUUACAAAAAUAACGAAAGCGUUCACAAAAAUAACGAAAGCGUUUACAAAAAUAACGAAGGAGUUCAUAAAAAUAACGAAAGCGUUUACAAAAAUAACGAAUGCGUUUACAAAAAUAACGAAGGAGUUCAUAAAAAUAACGAAAUCGUUUACAAAAAUAACGAAGGAGUUCAUAAAAAGAACGAAAGCGUUUACAAAAAUAACGAAUGCGUUUACAAAAAUAACGAAGGAGUUCAUAAAAAUAACGAAAUCGUUUACAAAAAUAACGAUAACGAAUACAAUACUAACGUUAUAACGGUAGAUGAGAACGUUGCGCAGAGAACGGUCGACAAUAAAACCGAAGUUAAUUCUAGUCAUAACGAUAGAUGUAGCGAUGUUAAUAAAUAUAGCAUUAACGAUUAUAACGAUUACAAAAAGAAGCAGCCCGUCGAGAUACAGAUCACCUCCGGCGGCUGGGACCUAGAGUCGCACAUGGAACAACGCCAGAGGACCAAACGCUGGCUCGGACAGAAGAACUUGUCGGAGUCCACGCGCGACCUCCUCUCUAACAGCCCUCGCGUGGCCUGCGUCUGCGGAUCCUGCGCUGCUUGUCCUCAGUGCAGGGGUCGCAGACGCAGACGCACGUGUCCCAUCAAGCAGGACUCGGGGAUCGUGUGCUCUGACGACUGCCCAGAUUGCUUCGAACCAGACAAUUCAGUGCUCAACGAGGGUACUCGGAAAUCUGCUUCGGUAGACACCGACGACCAAGCAUACGUCUGCAAAUGUCCAGAGCGCAAAGACUUCAAGUCAAAGAGCGCAUCCUUGAGCAGAACCGAUUCCGAUGACAAAACAGAACCCAGCGGACCUGAGCUGGUGGACUUCAUUAAGGAAACGCUGAACAAGAACCAAAAGGACCGCGCCACGCUACUGAAGAUAGAGAAGGAGCUUCACGCUCUGGUGACAGACACGGGUCGGUGCAUAGUUCGCUUUCCGGUGAUGACGUCAUACGGGCGGAUGCUGGUGCACCGCUGCGCCGCCCUGUUCCAGCUCUCGCACAACCUCGACCACACCAGCAAGAACUCCGUGCUCGUCUCCAAGAGCGGUACGAGCGGCGGGCGCGUCCCCUGCACCGCCUUCCGCGCCUGGUGCUCCGCCGUGUUCCCGCCCUCCUCGCCGCACGGACCGCACGGACCGCACGAGCCGCACGCGCCGCACGAACCGCACGCGCCGCACGCCAAGUCGAUCCUGAAGCGCGCCAGCCAGUCCCUGGACGAGGGGGGUGCGGGGCGGGCGGCGUCCCGGAGCAAGUCGCUGGAGCAACGCGAGCGGGAAUACGAACGGGUACGCAGGAGGAUAUUCAGCUCUGACAACUGUGCGCAGGACGAAGCCGCGUGGCCCUGGAACGCUGGUCCCAUCAAGGUACUGACUCCUGAAUCCGGCAGGAAGCAACUCCUCAAGGUGCAGUCGCUGGAGAGCUCCUCGUCCGGCGGCCCGUCGUGGCGGAGUCGCGGCGCCGUGUCCAAGAGCCACAGCUUCAGCGGAGCCCCGCUGCACCAGCACAGGAUACUCAGCAGGCAAGGGGACCUGGCCUCCAGCAGCUGGCGCCUGUCUCCGUCGAGCUCCGGAUACAAGACCCUGAGUUUGAGGAGUACAGAUUCCGUGACUCCCUCCCCGACUGGCGGUGCCAGUCCGGAACCAGCCCCGGUCCCGGGUCCACCGCCGGGUCCCGCCCCCGGGACCCUGGCGGCGAGCAUGCCGGGGACCAUACCCGGGACCGAGGUGCUGUGGGCCGUCACGGACAUGUCCGCCGUGCCGCCCGGGGCGAUCGUGAUACAUCCCCAGACCGGACGUCCUCUCACGAAUUCAGACGGCAGCAUCUACCACUUCGAUCCGGCGAAUCCGCCCAUCGUAUACGAUCCCAGCGCCUACAUACAGGACGGACACGCGGACCCGCCCCAGGAUGACGCGUCCGAGAGGAGACGCGGCAGACUUGAGAAGCAGCACUCGUUCAUUGACCACGAAUGUGAGUGUCAGCCGUCGGAGGACGGUCGGAAGUGCUACUGCGAUUGGAAGCGUCAGGAGCCUUACCAGCAGAGGACCACCGCGGAUAAGGAAACGAACACAAAGCAGCAGACACCGGUCAAAACUCGCCAGGAGAGCGCCAACGACCGCGUCCACGAGCCGGCCAAUCAGAAUGCAGCGUACGAAGCGUCGACCAAUCAGAAGGCGCCCGAACAUCAGCACGCGCACCAGCCGACCAAUCAUAGACAAGCGUACGAACACCAGUCGAACGAACACGACGGACAGAGGAGCUACGAAGCGAGAGAUUCGUUCGCCAAUCAGCGUUCGCUGUCGGAAGUGAAGCCAUCGAACUUGACCAAUCAGGACAGCUUAGAGAUGUCGCAGCAGCAGCACUACCCGCCCGGCUUCAGGAGCGAGGAGAUAGCUUCCCCCUCUCAACCCAUGAACCAGUAUUGUCAACAAGACUACAACAUGCAGCAGAUGGCGCAACAGAAGGCUGUCCCCGUUGAACCGAAUAUCAGGUCGCUGCCCGCGCGCGGCGUGCUGUACCCGGCGCAGCUGCAGGGCUGUCCCUACGUCGCGCAGUGCAGGAUGGAGCAGCCCAUGCCGCCGGUGUACCAGCCGGCGCUCCCGCAGACUGACGAGCAGAAGCACCUGGCGGCUUCCCCACACAAUCCAGAGAACACCUUCAGGAUCGACCCUAGUUAUCCGUACGGGGCGGAGUACCCGGGCGCCGCGUGCGGGGCCUGCGUCGAACCCACUGGCAUACAGCACGCGCACAGGAGCUACAACGUGCCCUACGCUGAGCUGCCGCACUACUCGCUUCAGAACCUCGUGCUGCAGCAGCCCCACCUCCAGCCCUACCCCUACCAAGAACAGCUGCAGUGGGCGGCGGUGGGCGCGCCCAAGCUGGUCAUGCCGGAUCUAUACCCGAUGCUGCACUACAACGUACCGUACCCACAGUACAACGUCAUGUACCCGCAGAUGCUACCACAGACUUACCCGAUGUGUCAGCCCGUCUACCCGCUGCUAGAGAAGCCAGACAACCCUCAGCGAAGCUUCACCAAGAAACAGACCUCCGUGCCCAACUCCUGCCGCAACACCCCCCUCGCCACCCCGCCGGUGGAGCGGGGCGAGCCCGAGCGCGGCGCCGAGAUAUCCGACAGGAUACAGCAGAUCAAGGAGCAGAUGGCGCAGAUGUCCACCCGCGACAAGAGAAAGGACGACUGGAGGAAGAAGAACUACGGGAACGGAAUCCUCGGCAGCUACCCGAGUGGCAACUACGGCGGGAGAUCUACAGGGAGACCUUCGAACGAAUCACAGCUGAGCAAGGAGGCCCGCGUCAUCGUCAACUCCAUAAGGAAUAUGCACCCUAAAAAUACAUAUCAUCAGGAGGGGCGCAGAGAGCAGGAGGGGCCGCGCGGGCCCCCCGGCAGGCGUUCCGACCGGGAUGACAGGAGCUCCUCCUACCGACCCCAGUACUUCAUCAGACAGAUGUCUCCGGGGACGUGGUGCAGACGCUCUCCCGGACCAGUUCAUCCAGUAUUAAACAACCCCGGACGUCCCUCCCCGGAUUCCAGGGGGGGUCGCCGCCCCCAUCACGGCUCGGGCCCCCGGGCCGCGCCACACCUGCACUCCUGAAGCCGUCGGACAACUCAUUAGUAUUUCGACAUUGUCAUUAUCAUAACUACCCUCUCAAGCACGUUUCGUAGAACAAAUAUUGGAAAUCGUCCAGGGGAAAAUCCUUUUGUGGUCUGCGGGUAUAUUGACAGUCCAUUGACAGUGUCCGGCGUUUGUAAUAACUGACGUCUCAAUGUUUAGAUUCGUUUUGCGUAUAACGUUCUCUUUUCUAUGCGAGCUGAUAUUUAAUAUAAAAUCUUUUAGAACACGCGCAAGUAACCCUGACGCUUGUCAAUGACUGUUCAAUAAAUAUGUCGACAAAAUAAAACUACGGUUAACAAGUCAAAGGUCGAUCUCUCUUGAUUCGUCAACGCGCAAUGGAAAGCUAAGUGUCGUUGGAUCACACGAGAGUCGCGAGGUCAAUGACCGCGCGCGUCACUCCCCGCUUCAAACAAAUCUCUACAUACCCUCGUUUUUUUUUUUGUUAUCAAACAAUAAAAUUCCGAUCUGCACAUCAGACGCACAUUGUCCGCAAUUAAAAAACUUCCAAACGCAUAUUAUUCUUGUAUAUAAAUAUAUAACUUAAAAGAAAAUCUAUGUGGCAGCGUUUUCGAUCUCUUUAUAAAACAAAACUAGUCAUUAAAUUUAAAACUAAAGAUGUUACCGUUCGUAUUGUGAGCUGUGUGACGGCACAACUUCCGGGGGGUCGGGGCGGCUUAACGUCGACCGGGCCGUGCUCAGUCCGCCCCAGUAACUUGGUCACGUCAGAUUCGAAAUAUUUCAAUACUGUCCAACGUAAUCCACAAAACGUGGUCGUACUAAAACGCGUAGGGUAACCAUAAAUCUAUACUAAUAUUAUAAAGAGGAAAGAUUUGUUUGUUUGUUUGUAUUGAAUAGGCUCGGAAACUACUGAACCGAUUUGAAAAAUUCUUUCACUGUUUGGAAGCUACACUGUUCCCGAGUGACAUAGGCUAUAUUAUUUUUUAACAAAAAUUAAGGAUCCGUACUAAAACUCCAAUAAUGUAACCCAAGGUGUAAAAAAAUUACCUAAAAUUUUUAAAGACCCGAGCGAAGCCGGAGCGGGCCACUAGUCUUAAAUAUAAAUUUACUAUAUAUAAAAUAACAAUUAGCGGAACCGAUAGUUGAGUUGUCUUGUGGCCGCGUAUUAAAUUCGAUAAUUUCAAACUUUCUUUUUAUUACUUAUAAUGAUCUGGACUGUUUUUGUAAAACACUAGCAACUCGCCCUCGUUUCGCUUUGGAAACAUUAAAUUCUGUUACUGAUAGCUGAAUCCCGCGAUUUUACCCGCGGUUAUUGUCGUGCCACGGGUGACGCCGCGGGGCGAAGCUAGUCUAAAAAAGUAGCCUAAGUUACUCCUUAUAUCAUCAGCUACCUAUCAGUGAAAGUCUCGUCAAAAUCGGUCCAGCCGUUCCAGAGAUUAGCCGGAACAAACAGACAGACAGACAGACAAAAAUUGUAAAAAAAUGUUAUUUUGGUGUAUGUACCGUAUAUAUAUUCAUAUGCAUGUAGUAAAAAGCGGUUAUUUCAAUACUACAAACAGACACUCUAAUUUUAUUUAUAUGUAUAGAUUAUAUUAAGAUUGCUUUACAUUAAGUUUUUUUUUCUUCUAAAUGCAACAAAUAAACAUAACCUUCUCUCAAAUUUUAUAUAUAUAUAUUAUUUUGAUGGCAUAAACUUUAAGUUAAGAGCAGAGUAAAAGUCCUUAACGCAAAGCCACCCUCCGGAACGUCGUCUGUUGAAAACUAGAUUUCGACCUCACGUCUCAAAGCUUGAUUCGAUUUGAGGUGUCGUGAGAUCAUCCGGGACCUCAACAUUAAAAUUGUUAGCGUUUUUUUUUUUUUCUCUUUUAUUUAUUAGUCAUAUUCUUCAUUAACAGCGGUACUUACAAUGCUUGUUUGUAUGUAUAGAUUUAAGUUUUUUUUUAUUUAUUUCGAUUUCAUUAUAUUUAAAUGAAUUCUAAACGUGUAUAUAUAUAAAAUGUAUUGAGAUGUGGUGUUGUUUCGUUGGCGUGAACCUCUAUUACAAUGUUAAUUAUUAGAACAAUGAUUUGCGAGUUAAGUGUGUUAUUUUAGAGUUGUAAUCGUUUUUUGGUCGGUCAUUGACAGUGUUAUUGGCACGGUCGUUUUUUUUAAGUUA